CAGUGUGCACGCACGCGCGAGUCGCUAUCUAAAGUGCUACAAGUGAAUAAACAACAUGGUGAAGUUCGAAGGAGAUUUUAGUAUUAACGCGAUUUUAAUGAAUCAUGCGGGCUCCAAACCACCGCCAUCUCCUACUACAUCAAAUACCACCCCAUCUGAAGCGGAUUUGAGCGAUUCAGAGCUGGAUGUUACGGGCACCGAGCCCGUUGACUGCACCAAGCCUAAAGACGACGAGAAGAAGGACAAGAAACAUGAAAAACCUGCAUACAGCUACAAUGCAUUAAUAAUGAUGGCAAUACGGAACAGUCCCGAGAAACGUCUCACAUUAAAUGGAAUCUACGAGUACAUAAUGACCAACUUUCCCUACUACAGAGAGAACAGGCAGGGCUGGCAGAACUCCAUCAGACACAACCUAAGUUUGAACAAGUGUUUUGUUAAAGUGCCGCGACAUUACGAUGACCCUGGUAAAGGGAAUUACUGGAUGUUGGAUGCGUCCGCCGAAGAUGUUUUUAUUGGUGGUACAACUGGCAAGCUCCGUCGGCGCUCAGCCUUGAACGGCAGAUCACGUCUUGCUUGUUUUAAGCGGCCUUUAUUCCCUGGUGGCCCGUUACCUGGAGGUUAUCCGCCGACCACAUACUCUCAGUUGGUCGGUUUGUACUCGCAAUUGCUGUACCAGCGAUACGCCCCUAUGCAAAUGAAGACUCCGCCAGUGACUCCUAGCGCCAUGCACCCGGCUUUUAGAACUGAGAACUACUCAGGCUUACCUUAUUCUCCAGCGAUGUAUGAGCGCGUGCCGUCGGGUCCGUUCUUGGGCCAGUCGCCGCUACUCCAGAGCUCCUUGAACCCUCAAAUGAUGUCGCAAACGUCCCCGCUGCUGCCUCCAUCACCACCUAUCAUGCAACAUUCGCCCAGCAACUCAGGUGCUUCCAGCCCUGAGCUGCCUUCACCUUCGCACCAUCCACUAACACCCCACAUCUACAAACCGGUGACAGUGUUAACGCGACAAUAACUGAAAUCUCAAGAGGCUGAACACGUUAGUGUUGAUUAUCUGUGAUCUAGAUUGUAAUGCACCAGUGGAAUUAGUUUUAAGGUAAUCUCUGCAAUAUUAUGUAUUGUUAUCGUAGCAUUCCGCUUCGUCUAUUGUAAAUAUUCCAAAGUAAUGUAUAUUUAUUUAAUAAAUAGUUUUAAG